AUGUCCGAAGCCGACAGCUCCGCGUCCUACAUCGACCCAACGCCAGCGACAGACCACCACCCCGAGCUCGGGCGGCUCGCGCACUGGUCCGUCUCGAGCCACAAGUACGGCUUCGGGGUGGACAACCUGCGCGACGGCAACGAGAACACAUUCUGGCAAUCCGAAGGCCCACAACCGCACAUCAUCGACCUGAGCUUCCCGAAGCGCGUCUUCAUCUCUUCCAUCGGCCUCCUCACCUCGCACCCCCGCGACGACAGCUACACGCCCUCGCGCGUGUCCAUCCGCGCCGGGACGGGCGUGCACGACCUCCAGGAGGUGCGGCUCGAGGAGUUCUCCAAGCCCGACGGGUGGGUGCGUAUCCCGCUGCGGCCGCUCGAUGCCGAUGGCGGAGGCGACGGCCCGCCCGUGCCCGCGCAUCAUUUGCGGAUCGUCAUUGUCGCCAACCACUUGAACGGGAAGGACACGCAUGUGCGUGGGUUGAAGGUGUUUGGGCCUCCAGACCCCGCACUCGCGCCCGUUGAAGGCGACGGUUUGCCGUCUGGUCGCGCGCUCCUCGAGCUCGGCCACGACGGCCUGUCCGGCUUCACGAACGACAACUUCAAGAUGCACGCCGGCCUUCGCUAGCCACCACCACGCGCACCACA